CCCUCUUGUCACGAGAGAAACACACGAUACCGAGGCACCUGUCCAUUCAUUUAUGCUCCCAACCUCAAAUCUCUUCAAACUUCCAAAACCCCACUUGCCCUGCUCAGAUCUUCUUCUUCUUCGAAACCCAUCUAGUAUUUUCUUCUUCUUGGUUUUCAUCUAGUUUAGGUUUGGCAGAGAAAAAUGGCAGAUUGGGGUCCUGUGGUGAUAGCAGUGGUGCUGUUUGUGGUAUUGACACCGGGGCUUUUGUUUCAGAUACCGGGAAAGGGAAGAGUGGUGGAGUUUGGGAACAUGCAGACCAGUGGCGCUUCUAUUAUGGUUCAUGCCAUCAUCUACUUUGGCCUCAUCACCAUCUUCCUCAUUGCUAUUGGUGUUCACAUCUAUGCUGGCUGAUUUUGUAUUUUGUAUUUCAGUUGAGUUUAGAGUUUGCUUUCAUCUGACAUUUAAUUUCUUAUCAUGUUUAAUUACCUUGUGUAUUGCAAAAUUUGGUAUUGCUUUUACUUUAAAUCAUGAAGCUUUGUUUGGUAGUGGAAUUUCCUUUGGUUUAAACGUAGCAGGAGCAGCAGUAUUGGGAUUUUGAUGCAA